AUGCUCCUGCACCUCUGCCACAUUUACUCAUUACAUACAGCUUUCUGUACUUUUCUCUACACUCGAUCCGUGAAACAUAAUUUCAACCCACACUACACCAGCAGAUUUCUCACUGUAAUUUUACCCCCCCUCAGUUUCUUUCCAACUUUACUGAAAAGCCCAUGUGAUAUUUUCGGUGUUUGCGUCCGGCCGAUCUCCGAUCGGGUGAGAUACUCUGUUGAAAUCCCGAGAUCGGAGCUCGAUUCCGAGGCCCAGAGGAUGAAUCCGCUGUGCUGCAUUGCUCCGGUGACAUCCGAGAACGAUCGAGCUGUGGUGAAGCCACGCGCAUCGGGCCAUGAGGUCGUAUCCGAGAGCGACCGCUUCAGUUCGGCUGAGGUUAGUGGCAGCCGGAAUGCGAUUUUCCGGCCGAUGAGUUUUAACUCGAGGAGCAGUUUCUCGACCAAUUUGGUGCCGGACGCGAUCGAGGAGGACUGCGAGGUGAAGAGUGUGGCCGGGAUUCUGUAUAAAUGGGUGAACUACGGCAAGGGGUGGAGGGAGAGAUGGUUCGUUUUGGAAGAUGGGGUUUUAUCAUAUUACAAGGUGCACGGGCCGGAUAAAAUCUUCGUCAGCUCGUGUAGGGACAAAGGGUUGAGGGUGAUCGGGGAAGAAAGCUGGAGGUACAUGAGGAAGGGCAGUAUCGGUAAUUGGAGCCAAAAUGGUUCCGUGGGGAAUGGGUUUAGUUCUGAGAAGCAGUGGAAGCCAUUUGGGGAGGUACAUUUGAAGGUUUCCUCAGUUCGGAUCAGCAAAUCGGACGACAAAAGGCUUUACAUAUUCACCGGAACAAAAACUCUUCAUUUGCGUUGCCAGUCGAAAGAGGACAGAGCUUCGUGGAUUGAGGCGCUUAUGUUGGCUAAAGAUAAUUUUCCAAGACUGUUGACAAGCAAAGAGCUGGCACCUUCUGAAGAAAUUGUAGUUUCAACCGAGAAGCUGAGAACAAGACUAACCGAAGAAGGGAUUAGUGAGAUGGUGGUUAAAGAUUGUGAAUCUAUAAUGUUAGGUGAAAUUGCAUUGAUACAGGAUCAGAUGAAGGAACUUCAAAUCAAGCACGUCUUGUUGCUGGACACAUUAAGGAGACUGGAGACUGAGAAAAUCGAGCUGGAAACAACUGUUGUGGAUGAGACCAAGGCACGAGAUUCGUUUUGUGGACAGGGGAGAAGGUUCAGUGUUUCAGAUUUCUACUCAGUCAUGUCGGGAGGAAGUGCUACCGACUCGGAAGCAGAUAAUGAAAGUCGAUAUGGAGUCGAUGUUGAAACAGAUGAAGAUGAAAGAAUCUUUUUCGAUACAAAUGAUUCUCUGUCUGCAGAGUGUCUUAGAAGCAAUUCGUACAAAAGAAGAGAUAAUCCAGUGUUUGCUCAUAGCCCCUCGACAAAUGAAAGAAGAUCUUCCUUCUCUGGUCAUAUGAGAGACGUUGGAGUGGAAAUACGGGAUCUCGAAUUCCCAUACAUCAAAAGAAGGGAUAACUUACCAGAACCAAAGGAGAAAGAUAAGCCUGUCGGGCUAUGGUCGAUUAUUAAGGACAACAUUGGAAAAGACUUGUCAGGUGUUUGUCUACCAGUUUACUUCAAUGAGCCACUGUCCUCACUGCAAAAAUGCUUUGAAGACUUGGAAUACUCGUAUCUUGUCGACCGAGCAGUGGAAUGGGGAAACCAGGGAAAUGACUUGAUGAGAAUUCUAAAUGUAGCAGCUUUUGCGGUAUCUGGUUAUGCAUCAACCGAAGGCCGACAAUGCAAACCCUUCAAUCCUCUCCUAGGGGAAACCUACGAGGCUGAUUUUCCUGAUAAGGGAUUACGAUUCUUUUCUGAAAAGGUCAGCCAUCACCCAGUGAUUGUUGCCUGUCAUUGUGAGGGUAGGGACUGGAAAUUUUGGGGGGAUUCGAAUCUCAAAGGAAAAUUCUGGGGUCGAUCAAUCCAACUCGAUCCUGUGGGGGUUUUGACACUGGAGUUUAAGGAUGGUGAGACAUUUCAGUGGAGCAAGGUCACCACCUCUAUAUAUAAUAUCAUAAUCGGUAAAAUCUAUUGUGACCAUUAUGGUACCAUGCGAAUCAAAGGCAGUGGUAGAUAUUCGUGCAAGCUCAAGUUCAAAGAGCAGUCCAUCAUAGACCGAAAUCCACAUCAGGCAAGAAAGCUGCAAGACAGAGGGUGGCAUCCAAGAUGGUUCCGGAAGGAUGAGGAAGGUUGUUAUCGGUACUUAGGUGGAUAUUGGGAGGCCCGAGAGAAACAUAACUGGGAGGACAGCCUACCGAGGAAUAAAUCUGCUUUUCAGAGCUCGUCUUUUGGUGGUAGUGGCUGAGGGUUAUCAGCCGAUGACUUGAUCGGAUAAGAGGCCUCCAUAGCUAUCCCACACAAUCCUUCCUUUGCAUCCACACCACGUUGAAACCUAAUGUAGCCUUUUUCUCCCCAUUGAGUCCCCCAAGAAUUUUUAACCGUCCAAUAUUUAGUCCCAUCCAAAGUUUCUCCAUAUCCCACAACAGCCACCCCAUGAUCGAGCUCCGUGCCACAGUCUCCGGUGAAAACCCCCUGAAAAAUCAAGAAACUCGAUUUUUUUAGAACCCUUAAAAAAUCUUAAAAAUCUCCGGUUCUUAUGCUUCAGUCUUAGUAAGUUUUCGUUCGUUACCUCUCCCUUAUGUAAGGUUUUGGAUUAAUUAAUAAUUACAUGCAUACCUCUGAGUAAAACUGCAUAUCAGAGCCACUAGCAUCGAUGGCUACAGAUACAGGCUGGUUAGCAACAGCUUUCAUUAGUGCACUCUCAUCAUUUGCUGGCACAUUUUCAUACCCGUCGAUCUUCACCACUGGCGCAUUCAGCUAAGUCGAGCAAAAGAAAGAAAGAAAAAGAUAAAUCUCAGCUGAUUCUUAGAAAUAAAAAGAGGUGAUGUUUUUUCUUUCUUUCUUUUUUAAUACCUUGGCUGCAUCACAGUUCAUAUCUUGAGCUUUGUAUGGAUAUACAGUCUCGGUCGUGAUGCCGCCUUUAUUUUUUAUGAACUCGUAUGCAUUCUCCAUGAGUCCUCCAUUGCAGCCCUCGUUAUCCUUCUCACAGUCGACCAGUUCUUGCUCGGAUAGAGGCACUAAUUUACCGGUUUUGAUCUUAUUAAUCCCCUCGACUCCCACCACAGUUGAGAA